AAGAAGACGCGAAGUUGAGUGACAUUAAAUCGUGUUAGCAAGUCGUGGGAAAAUAACGUGGUGUUUCUCACGGCACAAUUAAGCAACGCACAGGUCUGCGUUGCAGGUCAGUCACAUGUACUGGCUGUACUGUUGUCGGGUGCAGGUCGAUCGCUGUCACUGCUCCUGGAAUUGGGUCUAAAGGCACCUCUGAGGUUCCUCAUCCUUGGAAUAGGCUCCUGAAGCCCCUCCCAGGGCGAUGGGAUCCAUGGUUCUUGGAGGGGCUGCCUGACUGGUGUUUUUUUUUUAAUCAUGAUUUUAAUUUGGGUUUUGUCAUAUUUAACACAGGAGAACUGUACGAUUGUAUCACAAGUGGAAUUAUUUUUGAGAAGUAGAAGAUGUUUAAGCUCGUCCUGGGACGAUCUGGCUUUUUGUCUUGUGUUGUUUCCCCUGCACACCUGGCCCGUGAAUCACCUGCGAGCUUUGUGCCAUGCCGGGCUGCCGUGCCGCCGCGAAUCUCUCGUGUCGGACGUGGCACCAUGAAUCAGCCAUGAAUCAUCGCACAGCUGUCCCUGGUGAACGCUGCUUUUAUUGCUGGCAGCCCCGGGGGCAGUCCGCCCUUCUUUGGGUCGAGGGUGGAAAUUUGGGAAGUUCUGGCCGUAACUGUGAUGUUUUCCUGGGACAUUGUUGACAUACCCUGGUUUAACGGAUUUAAUGAUGUUUAGAAAUGCGAUCUUGUAUAUUCUAGAUAAUUGUGUCUGGUGUAUGUCAACGCGGGAUAAACAGAAAUGGUUUGGUUCCGGAAGCUUCUGCACACUCUGCUGAGGAGAGACACUCCCUCUGACUGAGAGCAUAAUGGAGCUGUCAGAGAGGAUACACACCCUUAGGGGGAAAUGAGGGGAGGGUUGUCUGGGCAAACAUGAGGGAAAGUCGGAGAAAUGGCACCCUUGCCUGCCUGAAAUGAGAGGCUGCUGGCUAAUGAGCGAGCCGUUGGCUAGGUCACGUGUUGCCGUGGUUUCAGUGGGUGGGGUUGCAGGUGAUCUCUCAGCAGGGAGUGUACUUUGACUCAUUCCUGUGGCUACACCCACUGCUGUGAGCAGACCUGCUUAUCCCUGUGUCCGCUCCACGUAAAUCGACCGUUCGGCACUGUGGUGAGCGAGUGCGGCAGAUUGCCACUGUUACCUUGCGAAAGGACUGAUCGCGCCCUCCUUCAGCGAGACCAGCUGACAUGAGCAGCAGCUACUCGGUGACCCUCCCUGGCCCCGCCCCCUGGGGCUUCCGGCUGCAGGGGGGGAAAGACUUCUGCAUGCCCCUCACUGUCUCCAAGCUGACAGACGGCGGGAAGGCGGCAGUGGCGGGCAUCGCAGUGGGAGACAUGGUGGUGUCUAUUGAAGGGCACGCCACCGUUGGCAUGACUCAUCUGGAAGCCCAGAACAAGAUCAAGGCCUGUGUGGGGAACCUCAGCCUCGCCUUGCAGAGGGUCUCCGGUGUGUUGAAAGUGGCCCCAGCGGCGAAGGAGGAACCUCAGGAGAUCAUUAAACCGGUUCCUGUCAGCCACCCUCCUGCGGCCACCGACACCAGCAGCCCGGCUGCAGGCUUCGCCUACAACAAGACGGCCCGGCCUUUUGGUGGGGGGGCCUCUGUGAGCCCAGCUCCUUUCUCAUCUGCACCCAAAGUGGCUUCAAUCCCAUCAGCCUCUUCUGCCUUUACCCCUGCUGCCCCUAACCCCGCCCCUGCCCCCACCUCCACCCCAUCACCCCAGCCCCCAUUCCCCAUUGGUGGUACUGCAUCUCGUCCUGCCGCAUCACUGAGCUCCAGCCAGAAGCCCAGCCCCGGUCGCUCCACUGUCCCCCCUCCUGCCAGCACCUCUGGCCCUGUGGCCCCCCAGCCAUCAGUGUACAACACGCCAAUCAACCUGUACUCCAAUGAGAAUGCCUGUGAGGUGGCUUUGGGACAGAGGCGGGGCCUACUGGACAAGCAGGGCGGAGCCGAGCACCUGAAUGGGGCCCCGCGGAAGCCCGUGCCGGACCUGAAGGUGGAGCCCCCGCACGGCCCGCCCCCGUGCGACGUGGGGAAGAAGCGCCUGGUGGAGGAUACAGAGGACUGGCACGCCCGCAGCGGCACAUCCCAGUCACGCUCCUUCCGCAUGCUGGCCCAGAUAACCGGCACCGAAAAAGGCACGGAGAACAUUGCUGUAAAGAAUGAGACAGUGGUCGAGCCCCAACCCAGCACCCACCAUUCUUCUGCGUCAAAGGUUAUGACCAAAGCCCCUGCUGGCACCUCGCGGAGCAGCCCUGCUGGAGCGGCGCCGGGCUUCAAGGGUCUGGCAGCCUCCAAAGGUGUUGCUGAGAAGGGUCAGGUCACGACCCUCCCUGGACGUGUCGGCCCCGGGGCUCCGAAGGGCCCAGUGUCGGACCACCCUGUCCCCCAACCACACCCCAAGGACCAGGACUCACUGGUGCAGCAGGCCGAGCACAUGCCUGCGGGCACACGUACGCCCAUGUGUGCCAAAUGCAACAAGGUCAUCAGGGGCCCCUUCUUGGUUGCCAUGGGGAAGUCGUGGCACCCCGAGGAGUUUAACUGUGCACAUUGCCACACGUCUCUGGCUGAGGUGGGCUUCGUGGAGGAGCGCGGGUCCAACUACUGCGCCCACUGUUACGAGGAGUUCCUGGCCCCAGUGUGCACCCGCUGCCGGCAGAAGAUCCUGGGGGAAGUGAUCAAUGCUCUGAAGCAGACGUGGCACGUACGCUGCUUCCUGUGUGUGUCCUGUCAGCAGCCCAUCCGUAACAACACUUUCCAUCUGGAGGAUGGGGAGCCGUACUGCGAGCGGGACUAUUACAACCUCUUUGGUACAACCUGCCAUGGCUGCGAUUUCCCCAUCGAGGCUGGAGAUAAGUUCCUGGAAGCUCUGGGAUUCACCUGGCAUGACACCUGCUUCGUGUGUGCGGUGUGCAGCACGAGUCUGGAGGGUCAGACCUUCUUCUCCAAAAAGGACAAGCCCCUGUGUAAGAAUCACGCCCACACGGUCAAGAUCUGAAGCUCACCAGCGAUCAGGAAGCUUGCCGACGGGAGACUGGAAAAAUCUUCACCCUUUUCACAAUUUUUUGCUUUUUCGGUUUCGAUUUUGGUUGCUUUUGGUUUAGGGUGAUACUUCAUGUGUUUGCUAAUUCUGCUGUUGAUUUUGGCUGCGGAGAUUGACGUCAAGCCAUUGUACGCGUUUCUGUAAUCACAAUAAACCUUUCCUUUUGUGGAGUCA